GAGCCGAGAGCGCAGGCCAGCGCGCCAUGGGCUCCGGUUCGGACGUGUGGGUGGGCCCCUGGCGGCCUCACCGCCCGCGGGGCCCCAUCGCGGCGCUCUACAGCGGCCCCGGGCCCAAGUACCUGCUGCCCCCCAACACCGGUUACACCCUGCACGACCCGUCGCGCACCCGCGCCCCGGCCUUCACCUUCGGCUCGCGCCUCCCCACCGGCUCUGCCCAGUGCGGCCCAGGCCCGGGGUACCUGGUGCCACCGCACAUGACGGCGCGCGGCCUCGACUGCAGCCCCGCCUUCUCCAUCUACGGCCGCCCGCGGGCCUCCGCGACUUUCUGCACUCCGGGACCGGGCAAGUACCACCCCGAGCUGGCCGGGAACGUGGCCUACCCCAGCGCGCCCCGGUACUCCUUAGCGCCUCGGAACUGGGGCCUGCACUCGGACACGCACAUCCCAGGCCCGGCGGCCUACAAGGUGCCCACGCUCUUGGGGCCAAAGCUGAUUAGUAAAGUCUCAGCCCCGACUUACUCCAUGUACGGCCGCAGCCCCGUGGGCAGCUUCCUGGAGGACCUGAGCAAGACCCCAGGCCCCUGCGCCUACCACGUGGUGAACACGGGCGUCUACAAGCCCCGGCCGCCCCAGUUCACCAUGUUGUCGCGCACUUCACUCCCCCAAGACCACUCCCAGAAGCCAGGGCCGGCGGCCUACAAUGUGGACCAGGUACCGUGGAGUCCAGGGUCGCGGAGCCGCAAGCCCGGCGGAUGGAGCUUCGGGAUCCGGCACUCGGACUACCUGGCCCCGCUGAUGCUCGACCCCGAGAAGUGACCCGCCGCGCCCCGCAGCCUUGGUUAAAGCUUUGGGACCAAUCA